GUUAUUGGAGCACCGGUUAAGAAUUCACGUGUUACUGUCAAAAAAGUAAACAUGAUUGUCCACCGUCCGGGCCCUCUGAAACAACAAAACAAAACUCACAAACAUGGCAAGCACCGUAGCAAAGGACAAAGAGAAGAGCUAGGAAGAGUGAAUGUAAAAACACUGUCCAGAAAAGCCCUUGGUGUGAAACGUAAAAAUGAUCGCAAGCAGGAGGCAAUCCAUCACAGAAAGGUGAAACGGGAAGAGACUUUUAAUAAGAAAAGGAGUGUAGGAGCAGCAGGAACUUUCCCACAUUGUGCACUUGUGGUUCCACUACAUGCUGAUGUAGAUGCUGCUGGUCUCAUUCAGGGGUUAGCCACAUGUGAUGAAACUCUUCAGAUAAACUCAGGAAAGUUUAACAUCACACACAUCAAUAUUCCUCGAUUCAAGCAGAGGGUUGAGUUGAUUCCUGGUAGCUAUGGCAACCUGUACCAUAUUUUGGACACUGCAAAAGUUUCGGACUCCCUCGUGCUGCUUAUGUCUGCUGAGGAGGGGGUAGACGACUUUGGAGAGGCCUGUAUUUCUUGUCUCCUGGGACAGGGCAUGCCUACAGUAACCAUAGUAACACAGGGGUUAAAGUCCAUACCACAGAAGAAACAAAAAGAUGCAAAGAAGUAUCUGCAGAAGGUUUCUGAGAAAUGGUUUCCAGAUGACAAAGUGCACCCAGCAGAUACUACCCAGGACUGCAUGCUGGUCCUCCGUCACAUCACGUCCCAGCGCCUGAGGGACGUUUUCUAUCGGGAGCACAGGGCAUACUUACUGGCUGAGGAUGUGGCCUUUACAUCUGACGAGGAUGCUGAGGAGUAUGGCACUCUGUCUGUGACUGGUUAUGUGCGGAGCUGCCCACUGUCGGCCAACAGACUAGUUCAUGUUACGGGCCUGGGUGACUUCCAGGUGAGAGACAUCGAUGUGCUGGAUGACCCAUACCCCCUGCAGCCUCGCAGCCUGGACAGGAGGAAGCUUGAGACCACACAGGAUGUGGAGAUGGGUGGUGUUUCCCUACCGGAGGGGGUAAGGGGCGUGGUCCGUCCUAACCCUGCCCACCAGGAGAGUCUGCAGGCCGAGGCAGAGUUUGACCCCAUGGAGGGCGAGCAGACCUGGCCCACUGAGGAAGAACUCAAACAGGCUGAAGAAAGUCAGAAAAAGAUGAAGAAACGCGUUCCAAAAGGCACUUCAGAUUACCAGGCAUUCUGGAUCAUGGAUGAUGAAGAGAAGGCAGCGGCCGAUGUCCCUGAGGAGGAGGAGGAGGAGGAGUCAGAUGAUGAGGACAUGGAGGCAGAUGAACCAGGUGCUGAGAUGGGAGAUGACAGUGAUGAAGGCAGUGAGGAGGGCAGUGAGGAGGGGGAGGAGGAAGAGUUUGAGGAGGUGACAGAAGAGAAGGAUGAGGAUGCCCAGUAUGAUGAACAGAUGGACAUGCAGGAGGAACUCUCCAUGCUGGAGAAGUUGAAGAAAGAGAAGAUGCAUGUGACAUUUCCUGACGAGAUUGACACACCUGAAGAUCAGCCUGCCCGCAUACGCUUCCAGAAAUAUCGAGGUCUGAAGAGUUUUCGUACAUCGCCCUGGGACUCCAAAGAAAACUUGCCACAGGAUUACGCCAGGAUCUACCAGUUUGCAAAUUUCCGAAGAAUGGCCAAGAAAAUCCUCAAAAACAGUGACAUGUCAGAAGAAAUGGACAACAGUGUAUUGACCUGUUCGUAUGUCAGAGUAAACAUUGCUAAUGUGCCUAAGGCAUUAUAUGAUGAGAUGCCAAAAGACAGCCCACUGGUCAUUUACAGUUUACUUCCUCAUGAGCAGAAGAUGUCUGUUCUUAACAUCGUCUUGCACAAAAUGCCAGGCUUGGUUAGGCCAAUCCAGUCCAAGGACCGACUGACUUUCCAUGUUGGCUGUCGCAGAUUCACAGCUUGUCCAAUAUUUUCUCAACACACAAAUGCAAACAAACAUAAGAUGGAGAAGUUCAUGCCAGCUGAAGGCGCUGUAGUGGCAACCAUGUUUGCUCCGAUCACAUUUCCCCCUGUUCCAGUGCUGGUGUUCCAGGAUAGGCCAUUUGGAGGUAUAGAGCUGGUGGCCAAGGGGUCUGUCCUAUCUGUGGACCCUGACAGGGUGAUCACCAAGCGGGUCGUACUCAGUGGCUAUCCCCUGAAGAUCAACAAGAAGUCCUGUGUUGUCAGAUACAUGUUCUUUAACAGAGAGGACAUAGAAUGGUUUAAACCAGUGGAGCUAAAAACAAAAUGGGGUCGAAGGGGUCACAUAAAGGAGCCAUUAGGUACACAUGGUCACAUGAAGUGCUUUUUUGAUGGUCAACCGAAAUCUCAAGACACAGUUUGCAUGAACCUAUACAAGCGGGUCUUCCCCAGGUGGAGUUACAAUCCAGUGACCCGGCGACCUUCAACUAUUUGUAAACCACUCAAGGUUAUCUCUAUGGACACAAUUGAUGAGGAAAGUGAACCUCAAGAGGGUGCUGCUUUUGCAAUGUUUGAAUAAAACUGUUGAAUUUAGUUUUUGCAAAAUGUUAAUUUACAGUUUUCAAUUUGAUAUCAAUGAACAAGUGAAGACGUGAAAUGAUGAAUUUAUGAGCAAUAAAACCUAAAGGAAUUGAAA